CUCACUCACUAACUUACAUCCCUUUCUUCUUCAUCUUCUUCUCUCAGCUUUAUUUUGUUUUGUUUGUUUGUUUGGUUGUCGAGAAAAUUUGUUAAUCAGAAGAGAAAAAAAAAAUGCAUUACCAACAGAGUUCGGAAUCGUGGGGGUACUAUGUGCCAACGGUGAGGUGCAUGGGAAGUGACCCAUUGGAGAGGGUUGUGAGGUUGGCAUCGGAGAGUGCGGUGGUGAUAUUCAGUGUGAGUAGCUGUUGCAUGUGUCAUGCCGUGAAGCGGUUGUUCUGCGGGAUGGGAGUGAAUCCGACGGUGUACGAGCUCGAUCAGGACCCCAGAGGGAAAGAGAUUGAGAGGGCUUUGAUGAGGUUGCUUGGCAACUCGCCUGCUGUUCCUGUUGUUUUCAUUGGUGGGAAGCUUAUUGGUGCUAUGGACCGUGUCAUGGCUUCCCAUAUUAAUGGAACCUUGGUUCCACUUCUCAAGGAGGCUGGUGCUUUAUGGCUCUGAAUUAUCUCAUGAUCCAUAUAUUCUCAUAAAAAAAAAGAAAGAAAAGAAAAACAAAACCUAAAAAAAAUUAAAGAAUGAGUGGGGUUGUUUUCUUGAGCUCCAAUUUUCAUAUACAUUUGGAAUUAAUAUUAUGUUAUGUUUUAGUUUUCCUUUUUUUUUUUUUUUUUUUUUACUUUUCUGGCAAAAAGAAGAGCUAAUGGGCGCGUACUAGGGGUGUAAUUGAUCCUUUUCUUCUGUAUAGAAAUGGAAUGCAAAUUUU